CUCUGUCCUCUACCCGUCUGUACCGGUGAUCGGCGGAUGCUCCGUGCUUCCUGGUGCUUCUUUCGUGUUCCUCAUGUUGAAGUUCUGUGCGGAUACAACGUCGGGUGUGUCGAGUGUAGUAGCAGCGCGAGUGCCAGGAUCGUAUAACAAUCGUAUCUCAUUCGUGAAGCGUUACGACGAGCUUGUCUGCUUGUCGCUCGCGUCUCGUGUCUGUCUCGUGCUCGUGUAACGUUACUUGAUUCUCCGUUUGCCUUGCAAUCUUCGUUGUUUCUGAUCGGCUGCGAUCGUAUUACAUUUCGCUAAAGCUCGUGUGUUACUCGCGCAUUAUCGUGAAUGCUGAAUAAAAUAUCGAGCCGUUCAACCGAAGCUCGUUGCGUUAGCGACGACGUCAACCCGUCGAUCGGUUGCAUUUUUCAAUCCGCGGCUGUUUGUUUUCAGUCUCAAUUCGUAUGUUUAUCAAUGUAGGAAAGCGCGAACAUAAUAAUUGUCCGGUGACGUGUGUGUUGCGUCUCAGCAACGGCCACAAUCAGCCGGUCGAGAGGUUAUGUUACGCCGCAUGAUUUCCUGGCGCUCGAGAUUCAUCGUCUGCCGCGAUGUUAACUUUCCCGACGGCGUCGCGUGUGCGUUAUCGUAAGUAGUGAACAAUAUAUCGUGCGUUCGUCGUUAAUGUGCGAUUUAAGUACAACAAAAAGAGACGUCAGCGCAGGACGGCCUUCGUGGAGUAAUUCGGUCGACAUUGAAAACUCCACUGCUGAGCAUUGUGUGUUACAAGGAUUCGGAAAAGUAUUUGAUAUACAAGAGGAUCCAGAUGAUCCGGAAGCUGAACCGGAUAUGAAGCCAACAAACUUGACGAAAGCUUACCUAUUCGCGGCGGCGUAUGCUUCGACUUUUGGAGGCACUGGAGCGAUCGUAGGUACGCCAACGAAUCUCGCCUUUAAGGGUAUCUACGAAUAUAAUUUCCCUGCUGCUGAUCCAAUUACUUUCGGUGACUGGAUGGCUGCCUCAUUUCCGCAGAUGGCUGCAAAUUCUUUUAUACUGUGGCUGUACCUACGAAUCGUUUUUUUGGGGUAUCUGAGACCGCGUAGCAAAGAUGCUGAAAUGGCGAAAAUUGGUGCAGAGGGUGAAGCCAUCGCGAAUCAAGUGAUAAGUCAAAAUCUUAAAAAUCUAGGACCUAUGUCGUUUCAUGAAAUCUCUGUUGCAAUACUUUUUACGGGGUGCAUAUUCCUAUGGGUAUUUAGAGCUCCUGGAUUUGUUCGCGGAUGGUCGGAAAUACUGACAAAUGUAAUGUUAGCGGAUUCUAUGCCCUCAGUCUUCAUAUGUUUGCUAAUGUUUUUCAUCCCGAAGAAGCCAGUCUUUAUAUACUUCUACAGCAAGGACCCAUCCAGACGACCAACCAGAUCAUCUGAGGGUCUAAUCACUUGGCAGAUUAUUCAAAAAAAGAUGCCGUGGAGAUUGGUAUUUCUAUUGGGCAGUGGUUUCGCUGUCUCUAAAGGUAGCAGUGUUUCAGGACUUGCCAUGAAAGUGGGACUAGCUUUAGUACCUCUGAAAGAAUUGCCUCCUGUGUUAAUGUUGGCUGUUGUCCUUUUGUUCGUUAAUACUCUGACAGAGUUUACUUCGAACGUUGGCACAGCUAAUAUAAUUUUGCCGGUCGUCGCUCAUAUGUGUGUGGCAAUGAAGAUACAUCCGUUAUAUCUGAUGAUGCCAGUGACUCUUAUGUGUUCGUACGCAUUCAGAAUGCCGGUCUCUACGCCGCCGAAUGCAAUUAUAACCGUCGCCGGUCAUCUACAAACUCGGAUAUUAAUAGCAGUCGGAUGUUUUCCAGCAAUUUACAGUUUAAUAGUGCAAGUUAUUCUAUUUCCUACUUGGGGAGUCUUCAUUUAUAAUAUUGGUGAAUUUCCAGCAUGGGCAGAACAGCAUAACAACGAUCCGAAACCAUAAUCUCGUCAGAUUGCUAAUAUCUUUAUUUAUUAUUCAUAAUGAUUAAUUGUGAAAUGUGCCUUUAUUAGUCAUUUUAUGACAGUAAAAUUAAUUAUUUAUAAAUGAAAUAAUGAAUAAAAUGAUAUUAUUUCUUUUAAAUAAAUCGUAAAUUGUCAAUUAUUUAUCUUUAUAAAUUAAUUUUAAAGGUGAUUUUAUAUGUAUCUUCUAGUUCUUUUGAAUUGUGCGUGGCAUAAUCGUCAGUCUUGAAACGCAGCUUAUAAAUUAAAUUAGAAAAAUAAUAUAAUAAUAUGCUGUUUUGUGUUCUCUCGAUAUCGAACAACUAAUGAGAGAGACCAAUCAUUUAAAAACAAUAUAAAUCUGCUUUGAUUGAAAUUAAGGUUUCUGAAACAAAUUAUUUAUUCACUCUUGAUUCUGAAUCUUAAUUUUAACUAAAAUAGACUUAUAUUGUUUCCAAAUGACUGAUUUAGUUGAGAAAUUUUAUAAUAAUGCACUUGUUCUAUUUAGUAGUUAAUUACAAGAAACAGAAUUCCGCCGCGAUUAUUUGUCGCAUUGUUCGCUCAAUCUCAUUACAAAGAAAAAGAACUUCUUUCAAAGCAACUUCGAUUUAAAUAUAGAAUAGAUUUAUUUUUUAAAUCCUUUUAUUCUUUUUUUUUAUAGAAUUCUUUUUUUAACUAUUGGAAUUUAUUUCGAGUUCCUAAGGAUUACUGUGAUAUCUGGGAUUAAUAAAAAAUUUUACAAGCAGUGAAAGAUAAAAUACAAAAUUUUUUAAGUCCAUAAUUAAAAUUCAUAUAGAGCUUAUUCAGGGAAAAAUAUUGAUCAAAGUAUAGCUGGUCAUAACAAGAAAGAAAGAAUAUAAAAAGAAAGUUUUUUAGAAUGUAUUGAUUCAUUGAUAAAGAAACUUUACGAGGAACAUAAAGAUGAUUAUUUUGCUUUAUAAUUUGCAAUCAUUAAUUCCUUUGAGAAGUCUCUCCUUUCAAAAAAUUAUUUCAAUGACAAUUUAUACGGGGAGAUGUGGUAAACUUUCUUUGAAAACGAAAAAGAAUUAUGAAUUUUGAUUUAAGUUUAAUCAAUAAAUAAUGUCUAUUUGAAUAAUCAAAUAUAAAAUGAAUAGAGUUUAAGUAUUAAUUUUUAGCUACUACAAUUAUUGCACUGUAUUAUUUGCAUAUCACACGCAUGUAGAAAUUUAUUUGAAAUGUUCUUCGGUAAUCGACUAUUAAAACAAGUCAAUUGAGAAUCGUGCGAUAAGAUCGCGCGAUUCGAGAUCAUGUUAUAUAAGUUAUAUUGCCUGCAGAUUAUAAUCAAUAAAAUUGAAAUUUGUUUAUACGUUUUGAAGACGUGUUUUACAUAAGAUACAUACAUUUUAAAUAACAUGAUUGAACGAAGAAAUGAUGAUGAAGAACCAAAUGAAAGGUUGGUACUUAUUACUUUAUUCGAAUUUUUUAAAGCAUUUUAUUAUACCCUAG